AGAUCGAGCUAGCGCUCGCGAGCGAUAGUUCGUUGACCCUUCUGCGACGCGUGUCUCUGCUGAGUUAAGCUGCUGUAACUGUGCAUGUGGGUUUCAUGUUGUGAGGAGCUUCACGAUUCCUUUCUAAUUUUUGACUGUUGAGUUGAUUUUAUCAGCAAAGGUUCCUCAAAAUGCCUCAGAACGAGCAUAUUGAGUUGCACAGGAAGCGUCAUGGACAACGUCUUGAUCAUGAGGAAAGAAAGAGGAAGAAGGAGGCCCGUGAGCCUCAUGAGAGAGCUCACAAAGCUCGCAUGCUGACAGGAAUAAAAGCUAAGCUGUACAACAAGAAACGACAUGCUGAGAAAAUACAAAUGAAGAAGACCAUCAAGAUGCAUGAAGAGAAGAAGACUAAGAAACGCAAUAAGGAUGAAGUUCCAGAGGGUGCUGUUCCAGCCUACCUCCUCGACCGAGAGGGUCAGACGAGAGCCAAGGUUCUCUCCAACAUGAUCAAGCAGAAGAGGAAAGAGAAAGCAGGCAAGUGGGAUGUGCCCUUGCCCAAGGUCAGAGGUCAAGGAGAAAAUGAGGUUUUCAAGGUCAUCCGUACAGGCAAGAGGAAAACCAAAGCCUGGAAGAGAAUGGUCACUAAAGUAACCUAUGUAGGAGAAGGUUUCACAAGAAAACCACCCAAAUAUGAGAGAUUCAUCAGACCCAUGGCUCUUCGGUUCAAGAAGGCUCAUGUGACACACCCAGAACUCAAGGCUACAUUCUGUCUACCUCUGAUUGGAGUCAAGAAGAACCCAAGCUCACCUAUGUACACAUCAUUAGGAGUUAUCACUAAAGGAACUAUUAUUGAAGUCAAUGUCAGUGAACUUGGUAUGGUAACACAAGGAGGAAAAGUUGUUUGGGGUAAAUAUGCGCAAGUCACAAAUAAUCCUGAAAACGAUGGCUGUAUCAAUGCUGUUUUAUUAGUCUGAAUGGACAUCCAACCAAAGAACAAUAACUUAAAACAAAAAAAACGACUGAUAAAAAAUUUAUCAUGAUCUGCUUUAUCUCCGGACUUGCAAAGUUCAUCAUCGGAUGAAAUCCCAGCCCUACAUCCAUUACUUUGUUAAGGCUUGUUGAAGAGGAAAACUGCACUUAGCAUCAUGAUUUGUGGUAGCGUUUGUGAAUGAAGAACAUGUGUGACAGGAAGUAACCUUUGAGCUGAUGGAUAAAGAAAGCAAGGAUCUGGAGAAAAUGUGAAACCUGGAAGGUGAUAUAAAAGGCCUCAAAGAACAAGCAUAAAUGAUCCAGGCUGAUGUUCUAGAGAAUGACAUACAUUUACAUUAUGUUAACCAACUAACACCAGAGAGAGAAAUUACCCCCAAAUCUAUGCCCGAUUCCCCUCAAAGCUUUAUCCUCUGACAUACAUAUUUUAGACCAGUUUUGCCUUUUUGAAAAUCAGGGUUACCAAGUCUCCCUAAUGGGAGACUCCCUGAAAACUGACAGAUUUUCAAGCGAAAAACUGCAGAUUUUCAACAUCUCCCUGAUUCAUACCGGUAGUCCUGGUACUUUGAUUUCUUUCAUUUGAUUACUGUGUAAUCAAGAAAGAUCUCCCUCUUUCCUCAGUGAAUUUUCCCCCAAAGGUGAAUAUUAAAGUCGUCAGCUCUGGAAAAUGCAUGUGGAAUCUUUAAUGUGGACCCUGCUCUAAACCCAGUCUCUAGAUGUCCUGUCUCCAGUAUCAUGUUUGGGUGUUUUUGAUUUUUUUCUGAUCUAUAAGACAGCUAUGAUGAAGUGUAUUUUAAUAAAAUGAUUGGUUAGGAACGUACACAUGACCUGGGCCCUGUUGCAAAAAAAAAUCCUAUUAUGGUAACUUUGCCCUCCAAUGGUAACUUCCAGUGAAUCUGGAUUUUGAUUUGUCAUUACUAUGGUAAUUACCAUUGAUUGACAAAGUUACCAUAAUGAAACAUGUUCCAAGCAUUUAUUUAAAAUACCUUGGAAGCAGUCAUGACACACCCUUGGCGAUUGCUUUGAGCAUAUUAGAACUGAUCCAAAGGAACCAUUUUUGGUCAUUCUUACUAAUGCGCUCACUUAUCUAUGUGUAUCAUUUGACUUUACCACAGAAAACAUUUUCCUUAACCCUUUGAACCCAAAAAGCCUGAAUACCAGCUUCAAGUCAUGUGAUUCGAAAAGCAAGGGUUUUAGAUAUCAGGUGACCUCUAAAAUUGACGUCAUUUUAGAGAUAUUCGGUCAAUAACUUGAGUUUAUUAUUUUGUUGACGAUUGGCUUCCAUUUAUAAGGUUUUAGCAUAAAAAAUGACUAAAAUAUACUACCCCACCAAGGAUGCUUGUGCGAUAAUACACGGCGAGUGACAUAUGGACUAUGUGUAAGCUAUUGUUUAAUUUGACUUCCGUCAAAACAGUGCUUUUGAGACAAAAUCUGAGAUUAUCGUUAGUACCGGAAGCUAAACAACAUCAGCUGGGCCAGGCCGGGUACCAGCGGAGUAAGGUGCCGCUGACAUGGCUGGGUUUGAAUCAUGAGAACAGGAGAUCAUUUAUUUCAAAUGUCAUGUAUUCCUUCAUUUUGCCGAUAAUCUUGAUAUCUGCAAAUAAUUCAGGGUAAGGGUCACAAGUCACGACCGUCCCAAUCAAUUCAGGGUUCAAAGGGUUAAUGGCCUUUUAAAAAAUACCAGUUGUCUAAUUUUAUGGAUAUCCAUUAGAAGCGGGUGUCAUUCAUUCUAGUGAGAUAUUCAAGAAGCUGGAGUCUCAUUUAUAUUGAUCCCUUGUGGCCAAGUCUCAGAAUAAAUAGCAAUUUGAUUUGGGGAGGGAAAAUGAGUAACCUUUAAUCAAGAAGUUGAGCACAGGCUCAGUAUGAGAGCUACUAGUAAGUGAUUAAUUCUUCCAUAAUUUAAUAAUACAAUUCAGUGAUAGAGGAGACGUUGUGAGGCUCCUUUCUGUACCCUGACAAAUAAAAUUAUUUAUACAUAGUA